AUGGCGGAUCUGAAUGUGGAAGACGAGGAAUUAAUCGACGCUGAAGCGGCUUCAAGACCGCGAGCUGCAUAUCCUUCAUUAAGCAGAAUAUUCGAGCUUUACGGGUGGUACAUAUUGUUUAUUGGAAUGUUGGUUAUGUUCGUUUAUAAGAAAUAUGUUGCACCCGUACUAGCAUCAAUUACGGCUGAAAAGGAGUUGGAAGAACGUAAAAAGCAUGAUAAUGACGUGCAAGCCAGAUAUGAAGAGCAGAUUCGUGCAGCGCGUGAGAGGACUCAGGCACGAUACGCUGCAAAUGCAGCUCGAGAGGCCGAACGUCAGAGGCAGAAAGAAGCCGAACGGCUUCAGAAGGCCAUUGAAGAGCACGGAAUCGGCCAAGCGACCGUUUGGACAAAGUCGCAGAAUGCGUCGUCGUCAUCAGCAACUCAAAAACUCGAUCCAAAAACAUUCGUCACCAAUAAAAUCAAUUCAGUGCCGGUUGUUAUGUUCAGCAAAUCGUGGUGUUUUUUCUGCAGGAAAGCAAAACAAGCGUUGAGUGCAUUCAGAUUGCCGAAUGAAUUUUACGAAAUUCUUGAGAUUGAUGAAAUGGAUGAAUGUGAACGUAUUCAGGAUGUAUUGCAAUCGAUAAGUGGUAAACGAACAGUGCCACAAGUGUUUAUUGGUGGCAAAUUUAUUGGAGGUGGUGAUGAGGUUGUGGCAGCGUUGAGAGACGGUCGUUUGAAGAGAAUGCUUCAGGAGUGCGGCGCUCUCAGUUGA